CCCACAAUUACAAUGGCAGCCUGUUCCGGCAAAUGAACUAUAUAUCAGCGGAAGUAAACAACAAGCACAUUACGCGACGUCGCUGCUGUUUGUUUUUGGGAAUAUCAGUUUUUUGGUUUCAGUUGAAAUGAACGGCCAAGCCGAAAUAGACGUGGACUACAAACGGAAAUACAAAAACCUCAAGCGCAAAUUGAAAUUCCUGGUCUACGAACAGGAAUGCUUCCAGGAAGAGCUGAGGAGAGCCCAAAGGAAGCUGCUCAAGGUUUCCAGAGAUAAGAGUUUUCUGCUGGACAGAUUGUUACAGUAUGAAAGAGUUGAUGAAGACUCCUCGGACUCCGAUGCCACGGCCUCCUCAGAGAACAGCGAGGGAGAGGGACAGAGAGAACGGGAGAGUGGGAAGAAGAGGAGAAGCAGCCCCAGUGUUCCUGCCCCUCCUCCUUCCUCAUCCCCCCAUCUUUCCCUCCUCUCUCACUCUGGGGUGAACCCGCUUCAGUCACCAGCCUCUACGCCCUACCUCAACACCCUGCCCUUCCCCCCAGAGUAUUUGGCUCCCCAAGCUGAACGAGUGAAGAAAGAGAGAAAGACAAAGACGGCCAAACACAAGAGAGACGCUGCGGGGAAGGUGGUGGGCCCCUCGGGCUCCAGCUACCCCGGGGGCCAGGCGGGCCCCGCGGCCUCCAGCGCGCCCUUCAGCUGGGUGCCGCGGCAGAUGCUGAGCGGCGACGUGGCGGAGGAGGAGGGCGAGAGCGAGGGAGACAGCGACCGGGGGGAGGAGGAGCGGGGCGAGGAGGAGGCCGAGCUGGUCAUCGACAUUCCCAACGAGUGAAGGGGACACCGCGCAGGAAGAAGGUUGCAUCUUCAUUUUUUAUUUUUUUUGAAAACUGAAAAUAGUACAUUUCUUAUUUUUAAGUAAAACAGUGUCAAAUAAAUUGAUGUAAAUAGAAA